AUGAGAUUUGCGAGUGUACUGUUCAUCUGCCUUGCUGCUGCAACAUUCUCAUCACUUUCCAACACUGCAGAAUCGUGGUAUACUUCUGCCUCUACGACAGUGCAUUCCCGACUGGGUGCAGUGGAUGCAUACUUUAAGAAGCUUACGGCUACUUAUUUUGAUUGUCUAAAGGUAUUUUUCAGCUCCAUGAGAAAUGAAAUAACCAGAAGACAGCUGAAUAAGCCCAUGCAUUCCAUGAAGGAGUUUCUGGAUCGCAUGAGGUCCUAUGUGCUCAAAGGACGCAGGAUUGUUGAAGAGGAGAAGAAGAUUGAGGUAGAAGAGCAGGAGGAAAAAGAGCGUAAAAGAAAAGAGGAGGAAAAGAGUGAAUUAUGA